CUUCAUCUUUCUACCUUCUUCUUUUCAACCAUGCCACCCAAAAGAAAGGCCGCAUCAGCUGCUUCUGAAGCGAUUAGCACUAUCCAAGCCCCCACUACUCGAUUAACUCGCUCCCGAAGUGAUGCAUCCGCUAAAAAACCAAAGUUGGAGUCAACAAUCACACUACUGAAAGAGGGUGACGAACUUCCUGAGGAUUUGAGUCCAGUCACUACGAAUACCGGCGAAGAAGUACGUGUGCAGGAUCUUGCUAAAGAAUCUGGGUUGCUCAUCUUCUUUUACCCUCGCGCCAAUACACCUGGAUGCACUACGCAAGCAUGCGGUUUCCGUGAUAGGUAUGAGGAGGUGGUGGCCGAUGGCUGGAAAGUCUAUGGUAUGAGCUAUGACUCUCCCAAGGCUCAAACUACAUGGAAAACAAAGUAUUCGCUACCAUAUGAACUCUUGUGUGACCCCAAGGGGGAUGUGCUUAAGCGCUUAGGAGUGACCAAAAAUCAGUCUGGCAAUGGUGGAGGUGUCAAGCGUUCUCAUGUAGUCAUCGAAAAAGGCGGGCGUAUCAAGAGUUUGAAAAUCGGUGUGUCGCCUGCUCAAAGUAUUGCACAAGGUAUUGAGUCCAUGACUGGAAAGUCCGUUUCCGUCACUCAAAAAAAUGAACCGUCUAUGAAUGGUGGUGGCCAAGUUUCGGAGCCCACGAACACUGUACCAGCAACGGAUUCCGUUCCAGCUGUGGUUGACACCACCCCGAUCACAACCAUCCAAGCAGAAGUUACCGAUACUCCUAUCGACCCUGCUCCAGCGGUUCUUGACAGUACCCCGAUUCAAGCAGAGGUCGCUGCUGAAACACUCGCCGAUGUUGCUGUUGACACGACUCCAUCGAACACCGCUCUUGAAGACACCACCGAGCCCAUUGUACCAGCUAUAGCCAACCCGCUUUCAACCCUUCCAACAGAGCCUACUGCUGCAUCUUUGACCGCUGUGACGGGAGAUAUCACCGAGUUACCGGCUGCGGAGUCAGAACUUCCUCCAGUUGAACCCAUUAUCCCUGGCUUUCUGCAGGAUCAAAUCGCACAGUUACCUGUUGCCUCAAUGGUUGACCCUGUUACCUCUGCCGUUGACAGUACCUCGUUCACUAGCAAUCCCUUAGAUUCAGCCGUUGACAGUACUUCGUUCACUAGCAUUCCCUUAGAGUCAGCGGAAAAACCCUCCAUAUCCACUGAUACAGCGGAGUCAGCUAAUCAUAACCAUGAAGAAAAACCAUCCUUUGGAGCCUAUACUUCAGGUUUGCAACAGCAACUAUGAACAAAAAUGAUGCACAUUCGUUUUCUCCUCAUGUAAAAGCCAAACCGAAAAAUGGGAUGUAAAAAUAAAAUUUUUUUCUCACUGUAAACCUUUUGGGCGUUCCUCCUAUGAGACCAACCAUAAAGCCUUUCUUUAACGCUGG